UUUAAAUAUGAUUCAUUCAUUACGUAUUUUCAUGGAAGCUCCAAUUGCUUCCCUGAAAGUGAAAUUAACCUCCUCCCGCAUUCAACUAAUAAUAAAUUAAAAAAAAAAUUUGCAUGCUUCCACUCUCCUAUAAAUCAUACCUGAAGCCUCCACCCGAGUGAUAAAAGCAGAGGAAGACGAAGCACUGCCCCCAACCAUGGCUUCCCCUCUCCCUUCCUUCGCAAUCCGUCUUCUCAUUCUUUCAACAACAUGCUUCCUUCCUCUACUCGUACGCGGCAAGCAAGGCUUCUCCAUCGAUCUUAUCCACCGUGACUCACCCAAAUCCCCGCUAUCCGUCCCUGACUCCACACCCCCCUCCCGACUCAAAGCCGCCGCAGAUCGCUCUUUCAUCCGCGCAUCCUACUUUCUUUAUUCCAUCCAAAACAUUCCCUCAUCUCUCUCAUCCGCCACCAACAACCUAAACUCUGAAAUCCGCCCAGACAGUUUCGAGUAUUUAAUGCGCAUCUACGUCGGAUCUCCACCCGAGCCCUUUCUCGCCAUCGCAGACACCGGCAGCGACCUCAUUUGGAUCCAAUGCAAGCCCUGCAAAUAUUGUUUCAAUCAAACAAACCCCGAUAAUUUCGAUCCGCAAGCCUCCUCCACCUACAAAAAGAUUACCUGCGAUGCUGACAUAUGUUUGGCGUUGUCCGGCAAUAGCUGCGACUCCAACCAUGAAUGCGCAUAUAAUUACAAUUACGCGGGUGGGUUCUCCGUGAAUGGCUCUCUGGCAAGUGAGACUUUGAGUUUAGACUCCACCGGUGGACGUCUCGUUCCCAUUCCAUCGAUUAUGUUCGGUUGUACACAUUAUAGCAAGGGCACAUUCGUAGACAAUGGAGCUGGCCUCGUCGGUCUUGGCGGAGGCCGGUUGUCUCUAAUCCAGCAGCUCGGCUCCGCAAUUGAAAGCAAAUUCUCCUACUGUCUGCCAUCUUUCGACAUCGACUCUGCCACGAGCAGGCUACAUUUUGGUUCCAACGCUGUUGUACACGGGUAUAAUUCUGUUACGACGCCGCUAAUCCCGGGCUUUCCCGACACAUUCUACUUCCUCAGCCUCGACCGGAUAAGCGUGGAAGGCCAGGGAUCCGUCCGGGUGAGUACAACAAUGCCGGAUGCUGUCAAUCAGGGCAACAUAAUCAUUGACUCAGGGACCACGCUAACUUUAAUUGACGAGGAUACGUUGAAGUCCGUCGAAAAGAAAGUUGCGAGCAGUGUCAGUUUUCCACGUGUGGUGGAUCCGAUCAAAGUGUUCGGUCUCUGUUUCAAUGUGUCCGGUGCAGGGGACGACGCCAAGUUCCCGGCCAUUACGUUUGAAUUCUCCGGUGGUGCCCCGGUUGUUCUGCCGAGAGCGAAUUCGUUCUUUGAAGUUGAUAAUAGCACGAUGUGCUUGGGUUUUGUAUCCAGCAAAGGCUUUGGAGUUAAUAUAUUUGGUAAUAUCGCGCAGCAAAACUUUCAUAUUGGUUACGAUCUCAGGAGCAUGGAGCUCACCAUAGCGCCAGCGGAUUGUGCCAAUUUGUGAAGAUGAUGUAUUAAUAUGAA